UACCAUGUAGAUCCUCCUCCAUCAUCCAUCCUUCACACAAACAUCAAAGCAAACUAGUAACCAGCCACCAUGAAGAGCUUGUUCUUCCUGGCACUCCUCGCCCUCGCGGUGACGAGCGCUGUUGCACGGACGGACACGACCUGCAGCCAGAGCUACGGGGAGCAAAGCCAGCAACAGCAGCAGCUGCUGAUCAAUCUGGGCAGGGCGUACCUGCAGCAGUGCACCCCAAGGACAGUACCAUUCACAUAUGCGACAGGGGAGCAGGCGAGCAGCUGCCAGGUGAUGAGGCAGCAGUUUUGCCAGCAGCUGGCCCAGAUACCGGAGCAGUUCCGGUGCCAGGCUGUCAACGGCGUGGCACAGGCCAUCAUGCAGCAGCAGCAGCAGCAACAGCAACAAUCACAGGGUUCCUACCAGCGAGAGGAGCAAGCUCAUUUUCACAUCAUGAUGGCGGCGCUGCACACACUGCCGCAGAUGUGCGCCGUGUACGUCCCGCCAUACUGCAUCAUCUCCACCACCAGCCCCUGCAGAAUCGCUAAGGCUGCUACCAGUGCUGGAGGUGCCUUCUACUGAAAAGAAACGAUCUGGAUGUGCUAGCUAGAUGUAUCACCGUUAAGGCGUUAAGUCGAUUGAUUAUUAGCGGUGUCAAAAUAAAAGUGCCAUACAUCAUCUUGUGUGGCCACUGGCUAGUACUAGAUGCAACUAGGAAAUAAGGAACAUCUGUUCCUGAAUAAAGCUUUUGUUUGAAUAACAUUGCAUGUGUUGCAUGAUAGAUAAAUCUCAGAAGGAUCUUACUUGAA